CUAUUCACAUGGAAAGCCGACCAGGCGGUGAAGAUCCGGCUGGGAGAUGUGAGUCCGACCGACAUGGAACCGAUCUCCAUAGUCACAGCCUUCAGGAGGACCGUAGAGAAACACGGGGAAAGAGAUGCUUUGUGCCAUAAGGAGAAUGGUGCUUGGGUGAAGAUGACUUACAAUCAGUACUACACAGUUGUCCUGAAGAUGGCGAAAAUAUUUAUCAGGUUAGGUCUCGAAAGCCACCAUGGCGUCGGCAUCAUCGGCUUCAAUUCGCCAGAAUGGUUCAUCUCCAAUUUUGCAGCCAUCUUUGCUGGCGGCAUUUCAUGCGGGAUAUACACAACGAAUUCUGCCGAGUUGUGUUUAUACGUAGCCAAUAGCGCUAACUGUCAGAUCAUCGUAGUGGAAAAUGACAUUCAACUCCAGAAAUUUCUCUCAGUUUCUGACCAGCUGACGGAUGUGAGGGCCAUCAUUCAGUACAAAGGGCAGCUGAAGGAGAAAUACGAUAAUGUUUACCUGUGGAGCGAGUUAAUGAAAAUGGAGCUAAGCGAAGAGGAUGAUGAGGCGCUCAACAAUCGAAUAAAAAAUAUCGCUCCAAAUAAGUGCUGUAGUCUUAUAUACACGUCAGGUACAACUGGACCACCAAAAGGAGCCAUGUUGAGCCAUGAUAAUUUGACAUGGUCAGCGCGAGUCCUCUCGAUUUCGGAGGGGACCAGUUGCGAAGAGGUGGGAGUGACCUACCUACCACUGAGCCACAUCGCCGCCCAGAUGAUCGACAUCUACAGCAGCCUCAUCGUCGGCUCCUCCGUCUACUUCGCUCAGCCCGACGCUCUCAAAGGCACCUUGAAAGACACCAUAAAAGAAGUACGGCCGACAAUUUUCAUGGGUGUGCCGCGGGUUUGGGAGAAGAUGCACGAGGCGAUGUUGGUGGUGGGCCGCAAAAAUGGAGUCUUCAAGAGGAACGUCAUCAAGAUGGCGAAGAAAGUCGGACUGUGGAAAGCCCACGGGAACUGCUGCACAAGCUGCAUGUACGGCCUUGCCAACAAGUUGGUCUUCACGAAGGUCAAAGAGGCACUGGGCUUCAACAGAUGCCACUUUCUGAUCACUGGAGCUGCUCCAAUCAUGAAGGAAACCAUGGAGUUCUUCUACAGCCUCAACCUGCCGAUCAGAGAAGCCUACGGCCUUAGCGAAUGCACCGCGGCUCACACAUUAACGCCGAAGAAUCAUUUGAUAUUGGGAAGUGUGGGCAUGGCUUACUCAGGUGUGCAAACUUAUCUGGACAAUCCUGAUAGUGAUGGGUGUGGAGAGGUGUGCAUGGUUGGACGUCACGUCUUCAUGGGCUACCUGAACGAGGAGGCAAAAACGCGGGAAACCUUGGAUGCUGAAGGCAGGCUGCACACUGGAGAUAUCGGAAAGAUGGACGGAAGAGGGUGUCUCUUCAUCACUGGAAGAAUUAAAGAACUUAUAAUAACAUCUGGGGGCGAGAAUGUAGCCCCGGUGCCGAUCGAAGAGAGGGUGAAAGAGACGUUGAAGUGUGUGAGCAACUGCAUGUUGUUGGGCGAUAGGAGGAGGUUUCUAUCGUUGCUCAUCACUUUUAAGUGUGAAGUGAACUUGGACACGUUGGAGCCACUGGACCAAUUGUCCCAACCCGCCAUAGAUUGGUGUCAUUCCAUUGGCUCGGAGGCCAAAUACGUCAAGGAUGUCCUAGAUAACAAAGACGAAAAGGUCAAGAAGGCAAUUGACGAUGGUAGAAUUGCUCAAGUAAACUUGCAAGCACCUUCAAACGCUCAAAAAAUUCAAAAAUGGACCAUUCUGCCUGCGGAUUUCUCAAUCCCCGGUGGUGAAUUGGGACCAACGUUGAAGUUGAAACGGCCCGACGUCCUCAAAAAGUACGGCGAUCUCAUUGAAAAAUUUUAUUCCUUCCCCGGCGAAAAUUGA